AUGAUACGUUCAUCCAAUAAGUUUGAAAAGUACUAUGCCCAAUGGCUGAUGGCAAUAGGAGUGACUAUAAUAAUGGUCGAAAUAGGCAUAUUAAGCGGUUGGUCCUCGCCAUAUUUAGCUCAACUGACGAGUUCUGAUUCUCCAUUACCUUUGACAUUUGAUCAAGCAUCCUGGGUAGCGUCUUUAUUGAAUCUUGGCAGAUUCGUUGGUGCUAUUACUGGUGCUAUUACUGUGAAUUAUUUUGGAAGCAAACGAACUCUGCUACUGACUUUCGUUCUAAUCGGAAGCUGUUGGGCUUUCACAAUGAGCGCCGACAAUUUCAUUUGGUUAUACAUUGCAAGAACAUUAGGCGGGGUGGGAUUGGGCAUGACUUACAGCUGCUUUGCUCUGUAUAUAGGAGAAGUAGCGCUUCCGGAAAUACGUGGGGCUGUAGUGUCUUUGGCUAUGGCUGGCGGCGGUUCAGCGGGCAUGUUGGUAAGUUGA